GACAUUUAAGGUUGUGAGGGAACCUUUCACAAGCCUUUUUUCUAUCCAUGCCUUCGUAAGGAGCGGCGAUUGUGCGAAACAACUACCUCUCGUUUAACGUCCUCAUGAGCAGCAGACGCACAAGAGACUACGUCGCAGUCCUUAAGAAACUGGGUCGUUUGUUACAGCGCGAAGUGAAUGUGGUUGACUUCGUUGUUGAUUUUGAGGCAGCCCUUUGGAAUGCAUUACGCCACGUUUUCGAGGACGCAGAAAUCCACGGAUGCAGUUUCCACUGGGGGCAAGCAGUAUGGAGGAAAGUACAGGAAAAAGGCCUGUCUGCCGAGUAUGUCAGUCACCGAGGGGCACACCGCUUCAUCAGAAAACUUCUGUGUCUGCCAUUCCUUCCUGCAGAACACAUUGGUCCUGUGUUCGAGUCUAUGGCAGACUUAGCUCCAGACCGUUUUGAUGGACUGCUAGCUUACAUUAGACGGACCUGGAUCGACAAUGAUAUGUGGCCAGUCCAUUCUUGGUCGGUGUUUGGAUUGAGCAUCCGCACAAACAACGAUAUUGAAGGAUGGCAUAGAAGAUUGAAUGGGAGGGCUGGGGGAACGCCUCCAUUCUACCUUUUGAUAAAACUGCUGUACGAUGAGGCCCAGGUAGCGGUGAGGAACUCGGAAUUAAUAAGUGAAGGAAGACUACGCCGCUACCAGCGGAAAAAGUACACCUUUCUUCAGGGACAGACGCACCAGCUGUGGGAUAAGUACAGGAAUGGGGAGUUAUCAUCAACGGGACUUUUGAGAGAAUUCGGCAACUUAUACAAGCCCCAAGAGUAGAGUCGUAAGAUGUCCAAAAAAAAAAGACAAUGAAAUAUGUGCAUGGAAAAAAAACCAAUGAAAGUGUGAAAGUGAAAGUGACUAUAUAUACAUGUAUGACAUAAUAUUGACAAAAAAGACAUACGAUAUGAUAUUUUAUCUUUGCAUAUAAAACAUGUUUUUAUACAUUAAAUGUUAUUGCUAUUGAUCGUCUUCGUGUUGUUUUUUUCUGUAUGUAAUUUAAUCAGAAUUAUGCAUAUAUAUCCUUAUUAUAAGAUGAAACUCCAAAUAUUCGCAUACAAAAAGCGUCAAAAUAUGUCCAAUUCAGUUAUUUUAUAAUAUAUUAUUUUAACAGUCUAUAAUGAUUUAUGAACUAUAUGAAAAACAAGUAGUAAUAAAAUAUAAGGGACGAGUUGGGGACGAGUUGACUAGAGGACGAGUUGUCCAGGGGACGAGUUGACCAAAAAGGUGACGAGUUGACCAGAGGACGAGUUGACCAGAGGACGAGUUGACUCUGAAU